AUGGCUGGCGGCAAGGGAAAGUCUGGCGGAAAGACGUCCGGAGGCAAGGCCACCGCCGAGGUCCCCAAGAAGCAGCAGAGCCACUCUGCCCGCGCUGGACUUCAGUUCCCCUGCGGUCGUGUCAAGCGUUUCCUCAAGGCCAACACCCAGAACAAGAUGCGCGUUGGCGCCAAGGCAGCUGUCUAUGUCACGGCAGUGCUCGAGUACCUGACUGCUGAGGUUCUCGAGCUUGCAGGCAACGCCGCCAAGGACCUGAAGGUCAAGCGUAUCACCCCCCGCCACCUUCAACUCGCCAUCCGUGGUGACGAGGAGCUCGACACCCUCAUCCGCGCCACCAUCGCUUUCGGUGGUGUCCUGCCGCACAUCAACCGCGCCCUCCUCCUCAAGGUCGAGCAGAAGAAGAAGGCCAAGGCUCUCGAGGCUUAA